AUGGAACAUUCUGGUGGUCUUCAAGUUGUUCAUCUUCAACAAAUAACGUCUCCUGAACCACCCGAAUAUACUACACGAAAAUUUAGCAAGAGAUAUUGGAUUGUUGGUGCACUAACUUUUAUUCUUAUCGGGAUGGUAGUCGGUCUAACGACUGGAUUAUUGACAAGAAAGACAGCUCCUGUAAAUACACUUGUAUCACCAGUACCAUCACGUGCAAGUUCGAUUGAUAUUCAUCCGAAUGCAAAAUGGGCUCAGAAUGGUGUCACUGUGGCUGGAGGAAAUGGACAAGGCAAUGAAACCAAUCAACUCGCUUUCCCAUCUGGUUUGUAUGUCGACGAUGAUCAAACGAUUUAUGUCGCUGAUUACUAUAAUCACCGUAUUGUGGAGUGGAAACGUGGUGCAAUGAAUGGCCAAGUAGUUGCUGGUGGAAAUGGAAGAGGAAAUGGAGCUAAUCAGUUAAACGAGCCAUACGAUGUGAUUGUCGAUAAAGGGAUCGAUAGUCUCAUCAUCUCUGACACGUGGAAUCAAAGAGUAGUUCGAUGGCCUCGGCAAAAUGGUGCUAGUGGAAAAACAAUCAUCUCAAACAUAACUUGCAUCGGUUUGACAAUGGACGAGAAUGGAUCUCUUUAUGUCAGUGACUAUGAAAAACAUGAAGUGAGACGAUAUCGUAUUGGCGAUACUGAAGGAACAGUAGUUGCAGGUGGUAAUGGAGAAGGAAAUCGUCUUGAUCAACUCAAUCGCCCUUGGUACGUAUUUGUCGAUCGAGAUCAUUCAGUGUACGUGUCUGAUUGGGGAAAUAAUCGUGUGAUGAAAUGGGAAGAAGAUGCAAAACAAGGCAUUGUAGCAGUCGGUGGUCAAGGACAAGGAGAUAGUCUUACACAAUUGGAUGGUUCUCAAGGAGUUGUUGUCGAUCAAUUGGGCACUGUUUAUGUGACUGAUGUUAAUAACAAUCGAAUAAUGCGUUGGCCAAAAGGAGCCACACAGGGAAGUGUGAUUGCAGGUGGAAACGGUCAAGGAGGACAAUCGAAUCAAUUGAAUUAUCCUUAUGGUUUAUCAUUCGAUCGACAUAGCAAUCUCUAUAUCGCCGAUUGGGGGAAUCAUCAAAUCUAUAAUUUUAUUUUAGCUAAACAAUUUCGAACAAUUGUAAAUGAUUUUCGUCAAUUAUUAAUUCAUGAUGAAACUGUACAUUGUCUUGAUAAAUUUUCAUAUUUAACUAUUUUAAUUUUAUUGAUUGAACAGUUUCUUAUAUUACCACGCAUAUCUGUAUUAGGUUUAGCCGAAUUAUUUAUUUGUCGUCAUAUUGAAAUGAUGUCAACACUUGAUGAACAAUCAUUAAAUAAACAAUUAUUACCUAAAUAUUUAUCAUUAAUUUUACAAAUAUUAUCAACAACGAAAAACAAAUAA